AAAAUCUAGUAAAUAUUAAUUCUUGAAAAAUAUUAAUAAACAUGAAAUUGAAAAAAAAUUAUAACAAAAUAAACCUUAUCAAUUACAGGAAACCUGUUUGUGAGACUGUUUAUGUAUGUCUACAUAGCUAUGUUUGAUUUUAUGUAAUGACUGUGCAACCGGGCAUGGCCACAGUAUUUUAUAUCAGGCACCGUAGUGAAAGUUACUGGACUUGGAAGUCCCAAGUCUUUGGUAAUAAUUGUGAUUGUAACAGGAAAUAUUAAUUGAAGAACUGAUUCAAGUUUAUCAGACUUAGUAAAGUUUCUAUUAAACAUUUUGAAAAAGUGGAAUCAUAACUUUUUUUGCUUCCAUAUCUUCUUACUCUAUAAAAUAUAGAAUAUUCAAGAGUCAACACAUCCAUAAUUUAUUAAUAAUAGGCCUAUCCAAUCUGUACAAUUUCCCUCCACAACAAAAUUUUGGUAUUUGAACUACAAAAUAAUUUAAACAUGGUGAGUCCCAAGCCUUUUCAAAUUUUGUACAUAAAACGUAUUUGACAAUACAUCAAGUAAAUAAUGCCAUAGAUAAAGGAUAAGCAUAAAGCUAUAUUUCUUGUUUCUGAUAAUACGUAGAUUAUGCCCAUUGGCUUUUUCGUGAAUUUCAUAUAUUGGUCAAUGCAUUAUUACGUAGAAUUGAAUUUUCAAAAAAUAAUUCAUCCAAACAGUAAGCGCACAAUAAAAUUACUACUACUCUAUAAUCUACUCUCAAUCUAGAUGUUUGUAAUAUGUCUAUUAUCUACCUUAUCUAAGCUCUUGAAUUCUGAUUUCUGAAGUUUCUACAAAAACAAAAAUAAUUGAGAAAGAAAUACAGUGUGGUAUUAUAAAACGUUUUAACAUUUAAGUUAAUAUUGAUUCAGUUAAUUCAAUUUUCAGUGUGAAAGUGAAAAAAUAUCAAAGAAUUGAUUUAUCUACUGUAAACAUCUUUGGUAAACAGGAUUGGAUCUUUAACGCCAACAUAAUCUUUAAAUCUCAUCAACUAUCCUGAAAAAGAUUCUCACAUCCUUUCCUUUCAAAUUUCUUUCAAAAUAAUCCUUUAUCAUACAUCCCUAGGUUAUUAGACAACAUUGCUAUUAAAUUUAUUACCGAGGAAAUCAUUCUCCCAAUAACAAAACUUUUAAAGCAAAUCAUAACUUCAUUACUGUCAUUAAUGUUUCAUGUCAAUAUUUUUCUGUAAAAGGUUCAAACAAUACAAGGCAUACGGUAGUUCACCUUUAUCGUACACAAUAAUCCUUGUAACUUGUACCUUCUAUUACGUUGCAUUAAAUAUUGGAGGAUAUUUGCAUCAUAACUGAUAUUUGCAUCAUAACCUCCUAAAACCUAGAAUUUUCAAUAUUAUAGGAUAGUUCUAUCACUAUCAUUUUAGAAUUACUUAGAGAAAUAUAAAAAAAAAACGUUUGCCCGAAAGAAUUAAUUGUAGGUCUAUUUGAAUUUUAAAAACUCUAAUUUAAUCAAAAAAGUCUAGUAUUCCACACACAAAUGGAUCAAAAGUCCAAGAUGGAAAGUACUGCUCCUUGAUAAUCUCUUUAAAAAAUUUUAAGGUUAAAACGCCAUGUUAAAUCUUUUAUAAAAUAAAAGAAACUGAAUCCAGUUAAUAAUCAAUUAAUUUAUUCAUAAUCGGUAUACACUGCAUUCGAACACCAACAGUUAUUUAUUUUUUGUGGAAUUUAAAGAGUUAUAUUACAAUUACUGUUGAAUUGAAUUAGAGGAAUAUUUAGAUCCAAAAUGGUAACUCAAAUGGCCACCUUGAAAACCUCUUACAACUCACACUCUUCUAUUUCCACCAACACCCACAUCUCCAUCCCUUCUUCUGCCACUAUCCGCACGUCUUCCUCUCCAUCUUCCCGUCAUCCUCCACUCCCUUCCCCUCACCAUCAACAUCUCACUAAACCUUCUCCUCCUCACCAACACCUCCUAAAACCUCCUGCUCCUCACCAACACCUCCCCAAACCUCCUCAUGACCAGCACCUCCCAAAACCACCUCUUCCUCACCAACACCUUCCAAAACCUCCGCAUCUUCCGUCCGUACCUCCUCCAAAUUCGUCGCGCUACUUCGACCUGUCCUCCUCCUCCUCCUCUCACUCCAACCACCACCAAUUCCCCCCGCCCCCUCGACCCAACUUCCGUCCCCUGCCGCCUCCGCAUUCUUCCUCAUCCUCCUCGCCGUCUGCAACAAAGCAGUUCUGCGACAAAGCGACGUCGCCCAUUCCGUCGCCUGUCGCCGAGACGUCUGCAGCGGUCGCCGCCUGCUGCAACUUGUGUGGCCAGCAGUGUCCGCCCUACUAUUGCACACGUAUGCGACUGCCGCACCCUAUCAUACCUCCCACUAUGGUUCCGCCGCCAUACGGAGCCAACUUCACCGAUGACUACGGCUCUACAGUCAACCUGGACACCAAAGGACACUUCCCGUUUGCAUUUGCCAACACCGAUUCACAGCAGAACUUCAACGCUCGUCCGCCAGCCGACAAACGCAGUGCAACACCACCCGCCGACAAGGAAAGCGACACCACUGUGAACCGGCCUCACAAGUGUGACGUCUGCCAGAAAGGCUUCACCACGUCGAGCAAUCUCAAACAGCACUUGCUGAUCCAUUCCGACGAGAAGAUGCACGAGUGUAAGGAGUGCUCGAAGAGGUUCAAUCACUCGAGCAACCUGAAGGAGCACGCGAGGGUGCACUCGGGCGAGAGGCCUUACACUUGCGAGGUGUGCUCGAAGACGUUCGCGAGGUCGGGAAGCUUGAAGGAACACAUGCGACGUCACACAGGCGAACGUCCGUUCGUGUGUCAUGUGUGCAGUAAAGCGUUCUCCACGUCAGGCAACUUGAAACAACACAUCAUAAUCCACACGGGAUUGAAAUCGCAUAGGUGUGAAGUGUGUGACAAAACGUUCAACCAUUCAAGUAACUUGAAGGAGCAUAUGAGGCGGCACACGGGGGAAAAGCCCUACCCGUGCAGUGUGUGCGGGAAGUCGUUUUCCACGUCGGGUAACCUGAAGCAACACCAGGUGAUCCACACGGGUGAGAAGAUGUACUCGUGUGACGUAUGUGGCCGGGCGUUCAACCACUCCAGCAACCUUAAGGAACACACACGCAUACACGCCGGUCUCAAACCGUUCACGUGUGAUCUGUGCUCCAAGUCCUUCUGUAAAUCGGGCAAUUUGAACAAGCAUAUGAACGUACACACACGCGCGUCGCCCUGUGGUAUGUGUGAGGACAGUUCUGCUAGGGAGCAGGAGGAGGUGGAGAAGGGUGAGGAGAAGGAGGACGAGGAGGGGGAGAGGUUUGAAGGUGGGGUGGGGAGGUGUGGGAAUGGGGGGUUCAGUGCCGAGCAUGCGCAACAUAUCAGGCAUAUGUUGAGCGAUUUUGUGGCGCAGGUUAUGUAGGCGCAUUCUCACACAUCGGUAUCAGUAAACUUUCCCGUACAGUGAGAAUAUUAUCUAUAUAAAGGUGCGUACGGAUAUACGCGCCUCCAACACGCUCCGCACUCGCUCCGAUCAUGAACGUUACGGGACUUGUUAGCUCUUCUCGUUCCACUCUUGCUCCGCAGUCGAUCAUCAAUCGAUCUGCUCGAGUGACGUUCGAUUGCGGAGCAGAUCGAAAGUCUGUACGCACCUUAAGAAAGUUUAAUAAAUGGGUACUACGUAACUAUUUCGAUAUUAAUUAAACAAUUUAAGUAGCCCCAUUACAAUACUUUAUCAGUAAAUUGAUUCAAUUUCCUUCUAAAAAAUACAUUUAGUGGGUAAACUGACUUAUGAAACAUCCGGUAAUGUAACAAUUACGGUUGCGGCUAUGUAGAUUGUUUUAUAUCGUUAUCGUUGGUCAAUGGUUGUUUUUAUUACUAAUCUUGACAACUCUGACACUAGACCCGAUCUAAUUUUUUAUUACUACUACUGACUUGAGGUCAAAACAGUGGAGUGGUAAAGCUAGAGUCGUAGAAUAAACAAUCUACAAGUUUUCUAUGCUAGAGGUAUAUCAGAGAAGGUAGCUGAGCGUUGAAAUGUAACGCAUUUAUUCAACUGUGUGACUGUGUCAGUGAAUAGUGGGUAGACUAGUUGGGGUGGAGGGUAGAAGGAAUUCAAAUUCUGAUUCCUUUAUUAAUGUGAUGAAAUAAAAACACACAUAUAUUGUCAAAAUUCUACAGUUUUAUUUGGUACAGGACCAUAUGGCUUCGUGACCAGAUGGUGACUGAAUCAGCUUGAAAAUGUGACGUGUGUGGUCACGAAACCAUGGUCGUGUACCAAAUAAAACUGUAGAAUUUGAUAUUUUAUGUGUGUUUUUAUUUAAUUAUGGAACGGUUCUACAACAUUGACAGGGUCUCAGUCGAAGUUUUAUUAAUGUUCUAGCUUAACAAAACAAAAUCAACUUACGUCCUAACGUUGAAAAUAAUUAGCAGUAAAUAACAUGAUGAUUUUCAUACAGGCUGAAGAGUUUUACAAUCGGAGACAUUUAGAUAUUGCAUUAUUUACAACUCUCACCUACCUACCAUGCUACACUACCUUUGCCGAUGUUCUGACCCUUAAUUCCAAAUGAAUAGCCACUGGAGGUUUCAGCUGUUAGGCCUACUAUACUGGACCAGCGUACCUCCUAAUGUUGAUGGUUCGUAAUAAGACCAGGACGUAUUAAUCAAAUGUAACAUGCUAGUAUUUUAAAAUGAUUUGACGGUACGCUGCUACCUCCAGUCAGUUAUUUAGAUUACUACUUAACAGAGGGGACUACCUAUGUCAAAUUUUGGUCAAAAUCACAUUUUGGUAAGAGCUAAGUUGAAAUUUAUUUUAAUUUAAAUCCUUUAAGAACUAGAAUUUUUUGUAAAAAAUUGUUGAGACAUAGUCAUUGUUCAAUAGUUCUAAAUGGGUGAUUGAUUAUUCUAACUAAUUCAUUAAUUUAAAUUGGGUUUUCCAUCUAUAUUUAUGUUCUAUAAAAUUAUGUUAGAUGAAAUUAGAUGCUAUCAAGUGUUGAUCCAACUAUAUACUGUAUUUAUGUGUAUGCUAUGAACAAAUGUACAAUAUAAUCUAGAAUUAAUGAACAGUAUUAUAUAUUUAAGAGAUUUCUAUAUUUGUGUAAAGUAUAAUAUACUAUAUAAGUUGAUCAUUCUUAGGGAUAUUAUAGUGUUUCGAAUGAUGACUACCCUAGACCACCAUGAAAUCUUUCAACUUUUUGCUUGUAUUUGUUCUUCUAUUAUCAUUUUUCUUUGUAAAUUCGUGUUGUGCCGUUUAAAGUUGAAUUUAUGAAUAAAUAAAUCCUACAAGCUGAAAAUUCCCUAGAAGAAACGAAUGUAUUGUAGGAAUGUUUCCGUUAUCCUUCAUUAUUUUCUUAUAGUAAAAUUCAUCAUUUAUAGUGAUCGGAUGAAAUUUUCUCUGAAAGUGUUGGGCUUUUUUAAAAUUGUAUCAGAAAAGUCUAAAUGAGACUUGUUCCAAUUUUUACUUGUGAUCACUAUUAAUUUUUCAAAAGCGAUUUGUGAAGGAAGUAGACAUUUUUUUCUAUUAUUUAUUCCGUUUAAUUGGUGCUUAUUUAGUUAAUUGUGUUAGACUUUUUAGUGUUUUAUAUUGGAUAUUAUACACUUAUAUCAACGUGAACUCUGAAAUGAAAUUUUGAAGCAUAUUUUAAUCUUAAUAGGUAUAAAAUAUAUCAAAUAUAUUGUACAAUAUUGCGUUGUUAGUUAUAGUACUGUUGUAAAAUAUUUGAAAGUAAUUUAUCUAUAAUGUCCUGUAUGUGUGAUCUCUAAUUACUAUGUAAUUUCAAUUUCUGUAUUCCUACUUAUGAUAAUAUUCGCAAGAUUAGAUUGUAUUGAAAUAUACUAAAGAAUUCUUUUUAA